GUCGUGGCGCUUCGAAACUGUCGAACGAUUGAUUGAUCGAUUGAUUGAUCGCUGGAACGCACGAGGACGCGAUGCAGAACGGCGAGAAGCCGGGUCGGAGCGAUGUGGAUCAUCUGACGCCCGAGGAAUUGGCCAUUCACGAGCAGAAAUUGAAGGAGUUCCUGGACUCGUCCACGCCCGUGCGGACUCUGAAGCCCAGUCGCAGCGAGGCUUCGGAGCUGCUGGACGCCAGUGAUGCGCUCCCUGCCGAGGUCUCGAAGGCCGAGCUGGAGCGAUUCCAGUCUCUUGAAGCGGAGGAUGAUAGACUGCAUACGGAAGGCGGUGUCGUGAAUGAUGACAGCUAUGUGCAAACUGAGUACUACGACGAUCUCAACGCCGUGGAUAAGAGUUCCCAUCAUACAACUGGAACUGGGUUCAUAAAAUCAGAUGCUGAGAUCCCAGUCUGGCAUCUGAAAGAAGAUGAAGCUGACCCUGCAUUCAAGACCUGCAAUGGAACCAACCCCGCAACCAACGAAUGGGAACCGUCACCUCCAGUGGACAUCUCAAUCGAUUCCAAAGUACACAGGAGUGAUCCUUGAGAUGGAGCGCAUUUGCUUCAUCUCCUCGUUCCCCACCUAGUACGAACAGAUAUAUAUGAGAGCUUGUAGGAAUGGAAAGUGCGGAUUUGAUCUUUAACAGUUGAAGGCGGAGAGAUUGUUUUGAACUCUUCUAAUGUGGGCUGGAACCUAUUUACUUGUGAGAUCAAAAAAGUCAAAACGGUUGCAGGCUUCACUGUUAUUCGCAUCUUUGGAUAAAGAUGUCCGGAUAUCUGAAGAUCUUCAAUACAGCUAGAGCUAUUUUUCUUCGGUCAAACAUAUUGGAACCUCAUCCUCAUACAGGUUGGAACAUUUGUCGAUAGCAUGACAUCGUACAGUCCUCCACUGUUGUUAUGUUUGUUUCCAUUUCCAUUCAUUUGUAUCUUAUUUUAACAAAGGAAGUGAAGAGCUUUUGCAGCAGCGUUUGU